AUGACAGAAAACUUGGCGAGGGGCGCCCCGGGGAGGGGGCGGCGGCCUCGGGGGGGGCCUCUCUCCGCCGCCAGCAGCCGGAUGGGUGCUCGGCUGUUAUUUGCUGCUGCGAGAUCGGGUCGCUGGUCGGGUAAGAGAAUUACCGGGAAGCAAAGGUCGCCAAAAUCCGGAUUUCGGCGCAGGUGUGUGAAACAGAAGAACGGUUCCACCGCAGUAACGAAGACCUCGGGGGGACCUCGUCGUUCUGGCCGCUGCCCGUUUGCGUGCUGGGCAGCCGGCAGCGCUCCCGCCGCGCCCGCGCCCUCUCUCUGCCGCGGCUCCCCAGGCUGGUUCCGUCCGCCUUCCCCUCACGACAGCGCCUUCUCCGCCGCGCUGCGCGCCGCCGGCUCCGCGCAGCCCGGGCACGGGUCUCGGCUCGGAAAACUUAACGUUGGUGCGGACACCAUUCAGCGUGGGGUGGAAGGACUAACCUACCUUCUUACGGAAAGCUCCAAGCUUAUGAUUUCUGAGAUAGACUUCCAAGAUUCCAUUCAUGUUCUGGGAUUCUCAGAUGAAUUGAACAAAUUACUGCUCCAGUUAUACCUCGAUAACAGGAAGGAGAUAAGAAGCAUUCUCAGCGAGCUGGCACCAAAGCUUCCCAGCUACCACAAUCUUGAAUGGAGACUGGAUGUGCAGCUUGCAAGCAGAAGCCUGAGACAACAGAUUAAGCCUGCUGUGACUAUGAAGCUACAUCUUAAUCAGAACGAAGAUCAAAUUGCCCAGGUGUUGCAAACCGACCCUUCCACCCUCCUCCACCUAAUUCAGCAACUGGAACAAGCAUUGGGGGAAAUGAAAACAAACCAUUGCAGGAGGAUAGCGCGCAACAUGAAAUAGUAUUGAUUCGUGGCUGUUGUCUUACUAAGCAGUUUGUGAAACAACUAAAAACAAUGUUCACAAAUACACUUUGAGGAAAAAUAAA